UGGGUAACAUGGCUUACCAUGGACUGCACCAAACCUGACACAUUGUUAGAGUGGUGUCCCGCGUUGUACUAUGAUUACAUUGCUCUACUGAAAAUAGCCUUGACCUUCAUACAAUCGGGGUUGCCCCUUUCACAAGCUAUCUUGAUUUGCCAGAGCUAUUUUGGACCUCUUUUCCUGUAUUCCAAGCCUGACGAUUUUGUUCAAUUGGGAAUGUGCGCUGCUAGUGGUGAUGGUGCCUCCUAA